AUGCUGUCCCCCGCGCGAAAAAUAGCUCUUAGGAGCUCCAGGUCUGCUACAUCCCGUGCAGUGAGGAAACCAACGACGGCACCAGUUUGCGCAAAGCAAACAGAGGUAGCUAAGCGUUGCUUUCAUGCGAGCCCCUCGACUUCUUUCUACAAGCAAGCAUGGAAGCCAAUGCGUGUCAAAAUCCCCUGGGUCGAUGCUCUAGCUCAAAGUCAAGAACAGGCGCGAGCAGGUAGAGCGGCCUCAAAAAGUCAGGAAGAAGAGCCCUUACAGCUAGACCUGACACCGAAAAGGAUGUCUGAUAGUUACUUUUCUGCUGUACUCCCACUCGCUGAGGAUAAAUGGCUGUUGGAUACAUAUCUCAAUGCCUCUGGGCGCAUUCGGCUAGGUACACUUUUCAUGGAUUUGGAUGCCCUGGCUGGCGUUGUUGCCUAUAGGCACACUGGUGAUUCAGUGGCAACUGUUACAGCCGCUGUUGACCGGAUCACUCUCCUCAAUCCAUUGAAAGAAAUUUGCAAUCUUAAAUUGAGCGGCCAAGUGACUUAUGCCACGGGAAGGUCAAGUAUGGAGAUUUCUCUACAGGUCGCCAAGGCUCCUGCUAAAGGAGAGGAGGUAAAACCUGAAGAUGUCUUGAUUACGUGUGCUUUUACUAUGGUAUCACUGGAUCCGAAAACAAAGAAGCCCGUUGCUGUUGCACCUCUCCUUCUUGAAACAGAAGAAGAGCGCCAACUGUUUCAGAGAGGUGAAGAAAAUUAUAAUGCAAAGAAAGCUUUACGCAAAAGAAGCCCUGUUGAACAGGCGCCUGACCAACAUGAAAGCAAAAUGAUUCAUUCUAUGUGGACAGCACUAUCCCCGUAUCAAACUCCGGGAACAUCACUUGAAGGAUCAUCGCGUAUCCAAAACAUGGACAGAACAAUACUGAGAUCAGCCAUGAUUAUGCAGCCCGAAGAUCGCAAUCGACACAACUUCAUGAUAUUUGGCGGAUUUCUUCUCCAGCAGACAUUCGAGCUUGCUUUCUGCUGCGCUGCCUCCUUCUCCCACACUCGCCCAACCUUUGUGUCUCUUGAUCCCAGCACCUUCGAGAACCCCGUCCCUGUAGGCAGUGUACUUUACCUGAGUGCAACAGUGGCUUACACGGAACCGCUUAUACGAACUAACAACCAAGACAACAACAGGACAACACCAUACACGAAAGUUCAUGUGCGUGUAGACUCAAAGGUUCGUGAUGUCGAGCAUGCAACCAAAAAGUCCACCGGUGUUUUCCAUUAUACUUUCCUUGUGCCCAAUGAAGUCCAGGUUAUGCCGACCAAGUAUGCCGAGUAUAUGGUUUGGCUUGAUGCACGCCGUAGGGCACAUGAUCUUGAUCCGAUUAUUGCUUCUCGGUUCACAGAGGACUCUGCUUCGGCGCGCAUGGAUGGUGUUACCGAGUAG